AUUCAGGUCAAGAGUAUCAUCGCCUUUUUAGACGCACCCUCCGGUGCAAGGAGCGGCACUGCUUCUCGGCGAUUGCCUUUUAUGGCUUGGUAUUUGAAAGCGAGCUGCCGCCACUGUCGUCGUCGUCGUCGGCGGCGGCGACUUAAUCGCGCUCUUGCCUCCUCCGAUCGAGCUGUCUCGCGAUGGACUCUCACUGUCGCCCGAUUGCACUCGCUUCGCGACGCAUGUGCUCCGCCAACACGUAGAGUAAUUGGAAGUCGGCCGAUACGGUGACGUUCUCGGCGUUAUCGCGUGUGUCACAGUGCCCGAUAAGUCUUAUCUGUCGCGGAAAGGAGAGAAAAAGUCGGCCAGGCAGAAUGUACGGCUACAGCUAUCAGGAGCUGUCUCAAAGGAUGAUGUCAUCCAUGGAGGAAUUCCAGGAGGCGUUUCAGUUGUUCGACAGUCGUGGGGAUGGGAAAAUUCAUGUGGCUCAAAUUGGAGAUGCGCUACGCGCUCUGGGACAAAACCCGACUGAGUCUGACGUGAAGAAAUUCACUCACCAGCACAAACCCGACGAACGUAUCAGCUUCGAGGUAUUUCUGCCGAUCUACCAGGCGAUCAGUAAGUCCCGCACCUCUGACACGGCGGACGACUUCAUCGAGGGUCUGCGUCACUUUGACAAAGAUGGAAAUGGCUUCAUAUCUUCCGCGGAGCUGCGGCAUCUUCUGACGACGCUGGGUGAGAAGCUUAGUGACGAGGAAGUGGAAACGUUACUAGCGGGUCACGAAGAUUCACAGGGUAAUAUUAAUUACGAAGACUUCGUCCGCCAGGUGAUGUGCGGCUGAAUAGCUACUUAAUUGCGUAUAAGAGAGUAUUAUAUUAUUAUUACCAUCGUCGUUUACUUUGCCACUAUAUCUGCCGAGUCUGUUGAAGCGUUUACUUUUGGAGAAUUAUCAUAUCAUAGCAUGUGUACCUAUAUGGCGAUUUAUCUCGAGGGGAUCCUAACGCGAACACUCUAUUUUGUUAUGUACCGUGGGAAGAAGAGAUUAACCCUGUCUAUAUAAGAAUCUAAAUUAGUUAACCAAUGGUAGGUAAAGAACAAUCUAGCGCAUUGUGCCUUGACAUACUCCGACUUACGAGCAUUUAGUGAUAUUGAUAGUAAGCCACUCUUUAGCAAGAGAGAUCCGAAUUUCGCGGACAUUCCAAAUUUUUGAGAUAGAUUUAAUGAAGGACCGAGGUUAUAUACGCGGGCUUCUUCAAGGCGAAGACCGAGCAUUUGAAUUCACGCCGAUACAUUUACCGCAGUUUCUUCCUUUUCGUCUCUGUCAAGUUCAAUACAUCCUUUGUAUGGUUAGAAUAUGUAUGUGCGAGAAUCUUCCAUCUAUCUUCCACGCGUCCUAGAAAAAGCAUCGCGGCGUAUACGAACAAUAUUUACUUUAUUUAUUUAUGCAUGAGCGUAUUUAUGUCCUCAAGACGCGUGUGUGCAAAACAAGAAAUAUUGUACGUUGCGAUGAAUAAAAAAUGGCUCUAAGAACUUGAUGUGAAACUCCGUUAAAUGUUGCUCUCAAAAAUAAAACGGAACGAUUACUACAUGGUAUUGUUAAGUUAGUGUUUUUCUCGUUCUCAAGAUUAGAACUAUUAAAAUUUACUGCAUAUAACAGACUCUCGGAGUGUACAACUUAAAUGAAGAAGAAAUAAAGUAAAAGCCGAACAUGGACGUUGGUUCGAAUAUUUAAAUUAUAAAAGGAUAAUAUAAAUGCUUAGCAUUAUUCGCGAUGAAUCAAACUUCUACAUCAAACCGAUCUUAAAUAUCAAUUAUUAAUUCUCCUCUUCUCUUCCUCCUCAUCUCAUAUCCCUAUCAUAAUUAAUUGUAUUAAUUUUUUCGUAAUAUUGAAAAUAAAAAAGUGAAUAAAAAAAUUUAUAAUGUAAAUAUUAGAGAUAUGAUACGAUGAGUAAAGGAGAAAAGUAGUUAACACAAAUUCUCGAGUAGCAAGAGUUUUUGUGUUGAAGCCAUUCUAAGAAGUGUUUGUUUCUCAGAGUAUUUUUGUUUAAAAAUCAUGAAAAAUAAAAUUUUGCGCACACAAAUGACAUCGUAUUUUCGCUAAUUUCGAAGUGACAACCAGGACCAUUAGUGUCUUCCUCGGUUUUUCACCUUAGAUUGCUCGAAAAAUCCCAAAAAUUAUUGAAACUUCCUUUUAGUUGAAAACCACGUGGCUUUUUUAAAUAAAAAUAAAUUGCUAAGUGUUUACUAAGCAAAGUAAAUAUUUACUAAGUAAAGUACGUAAAUAUUUAAUUUACUGUAUUUACUUAAAGUAAUACUUAGUUUACUAUAUUUACUUAAAGUAAAUACUUAGUAAUUUAUUUUUAUUUACAAAGAGCCAUGUGAUUUUCAACUGGAAAGAUAAAGGAAAUUUUAACGAUAUCUGAGUUUUUUCAAGCAAUCCAAAGAAAGGAAAAUCAAGGAAUAAGCGUAAUUGCCAUUUAAAAGGUAGCGGAAAUAUAUUAUCCUUCGGUGAGUUAAUCAGGAUUCAAGGUCAGUUCUUGACGUGGAAAAUUGACUCGUUACGUACAUCACAAGAGUAUUCGUUGGAAAAAUAUUUAGCAUAUGUAUUAAUACCGUCAUUAUUAUCCUCCCAUAAUUUAAAUAUCUGCACCAGCAUUUAUUGUUCAGCUGUUACUCGCUUUAUCGUUUAGUUAAAAUUCAACUUACCGGUCAUUAUAGACAACGAAGGUAACUUUUUCGUGUACCACACGUCGAAGCAAUGCGUUUAUGACUAACUGUUAUUGCUAAUGCAAAUUUGCAUUUGCAUUUCCGUCUAUUCGCAAGAAGUAAAAGAUACGGCUUGACAAACUGGCAAAAAAAGAUUAUAUAUGAAUUUCGUUCCUGUAUGCAUACAGGAACGAAAUUCAUGAAUAAUCUUUUUUUGCCAGUUGAGUCAUAAGACGUCUUUAAGAUAUCUUUAAGACAAAUUUGUAAGGUAUUGUCUUAAAGACGUCCUAAAGUCUUAUGACUCGAUUUUGGACAUUUGUGUUGUGUGGGUAUAUACGUCCACAAUAAAAAAAAUACUGUUAUACAUAUAAAUACAACCGAAGUAAAUGCUUAUGCUUCUAGUAAUA